AGUACACUUCAGCGCGUAGUACAGCUCUGAGAAAACAAACCUGGGGAAACUACACACCGCAUCAUUUCUUGUGGUUUUAAGGAAGAGAGGGGUCGGAAUUAACGUUUCAGCUCACAUUUUUUCAAGCGCACAACGAGGACAAUAUUAAUCGAGCUGUGAUGGACAUAAUGAACGCGGUGCAGGAUGCGUGUGUCUCCGGUCAGUGGCUCACCGCUAUCAUUCUUAGCCUUUGCUGCGUUCUUCCCUCCUGUAUGCCUGCUGGACAAACUGUGGACUAUUCCUCAAUUACAAGUGCUGUCUUCAAACAAGGAGACACGGCAAUACUGAGAUGCUACCUGUUGGAUGGAAAAUCGAAAGGAGCAUGGUUGAACCGCUCUAGUAUCAUUUACGCUGGGACUGACAAAUGGUCAGGAGAUCCUCGGGUGUCCAUCGUAACAAGUGUUGGGGACAAACAUGAAUACAGCCUUCAGAUACAAAAAGUGGAUGUAACAGACGAUGGCCCGUAUACCUGCUCGAUCCAGAGUAAACGCAACAUACAGCCCAAGAACAUUCAGUUAACUGUAAGAGUUCCUCCCAAGAUAUAUGACAUCUCAUCUGAUAUCACGGUAAACGAAGGCAGCAAUAUUUCGCUCCUCUGCACAGCCUCUGGCAAGCCAGAGCCCACCAUCUCCUGGAGACACAUCACGCCAUUAGCCAAGAAGCAGGAAAGUGGGGAGUAUUUGAACAUCACAGGAAUAACUCGAGAUCAAGCGGGAGACUAUGAGUGUGGAGCGGGAAACGACGUCUCCUCGCCGGAUACCAAGACCGUGAGAGUCACCGUCAACUUCCCCCCCAACAUCCACGAGAUGAAGGGUAACAGCGGGGGUCUGCGUCGUCCUGCCCUGCUGCGCUGCGAGGCGGCCGCUGUCCCCACUGCAGACUUCGAGUGGUACAAGGGAGACAAGAGGCUGUACAGAGGCCAGGGGAUUGAAAUCAAGAACCUCAGCUCCAGAUCUAUACUCACAGUUACCAAUAUGACAGAGGAUCGCUAUGGUAACUACACAUGUGUGGCCAUCAACAGGCUGGGAACGGCCAAUGCCAGCGUGCCUCUGCUCCCAAUUAUUGAACCAACCACACUUAUUGAACCCACCACCACUGGUGCUGUGUCAAGCCCAGCGCCCAACACGGCACCAUAUGGGAGCACGGGGAGCGCCGGCGUCCUGCUGUCCUGCCGAUACCUGAUCCUGGUGCUGUCCUGCGUCGUCACUGUUUACUAGCCCACAGACGGCAGCUCCGCAGCGCACCGCGCCGCACCGCGCCGCACCGGCCGCACACUCAAAUGACUGUAAAGGAAAUGCCCUCCAGCGAUUUCACCAAUCUGUGCUGAUUGCCGGGCCUAAUCUGGUAGAGUUUGUUCAAAAAACAGCGUGGGAUAUAAUCAGCGUUACUUGUUUUUUCGGGGAUGGUCAUUUUUUUUGGGGGGGAGGCUUUUGUUUUUGUUUCUUUUGUUUGUUUGUUUGUUUGUUUGCUGUUUUGAUUUAGAUUUUCGGUUUUCUUCCUGUGGAUUAUACCCAUUGUAAAUAGUUACAAAAUUGUUUUGGGUUUUUUUUUUUCUCACACAUAUUUUUCUGAUUACCCACUUUGUGAAUUAGUUCACAUUGUCACCCCCUCAAAGCAACAGUCCUAGCCAUACUUUUCCACCGAUGGAGGAAUGGCUGCUAAUUGGCCUCCGUGUUUGUGUAAGAGACUGGGAAGAGGGACUCAGAGUGCGCCAGAGCAUCGUUUGCAUACUAAUGCCAAUGCUGUCACCUAGGCACUCAUAUUAAUUUAAACCAAACCAUUAAGCAGCCGCUGACCUUCACCUCUGAAGCCUCUCUCCCCCCAGAAUAACACCUUUACGUCCAGCUUGAUCUGGGAGAGGCCUCCCCGUUUGCUUACACUUCAUUUGUUCUCUUUUUUUUUUCUUCCCGCUCACGUUUGAGUUCAGUCGAAUGGUAUCAUGGGUAAUUUUAUUAUUCCGAAUCUCCUGACACAAUAUCCCAGGUCGACUGCGGUUUGGGCGGUAUUGUGUCUGAAGAUGAGUGUGAAUGAAUGAACGAAUGAAUUCAUGACUGAAUGAAUGAAUGAAUGAAACAGAGAGGCCGAAGCAAACAGAUGAUUAGAAGUGUGCGAGUCAGUGUUAUUGCUGAGAGUGGGACCAUACAGGUAUGAACACUAAAUGAGAGUCUCUAAUGGACUCUUAGAACAUUGCAGCAUCAGCGAAAUGCUCCCUUCUGAAAGCUUGAGGAAGCAGGACAAAAACAGGCAGAAGUCACACUAAACAGGCUGAAUGCACCACUGGCUAUCUGUUUAAACGCCAAUCCCUAUGAUCCAGAGUAUUACUUUUUUAUUUCCUUUUUAUCCAUCCAGAAUUUAAUUAUGAACUCAGAAUGCGAGAGAGAGAGAGAAAGACAGAGAGCCUGCCAGCAGCAAAAUCCUAUCCGUGCCAAAAAAAAAAGUUAAAGCCAGUGUGGAGAUAUUGUCGUUUAACUCCGAAAACAGAUUGCUGUGUCACUCUCUUUCCUCCUGCACCAUUCCUACAGAACAAACAGAAUCAGUGUUUAAACCAUUACCUGAGCGGAAAAAAGAGCAACACGUGGGCUGUUCACACGAUUGAGUUAUGUGUUCGAUUAUGAAAUCGUCUUCUCCAGGCCUAUCUGGCUCCUUCAGAAAGCACAUGCACUGUAAAAUAUUAGCACACUUGACAUCAAUCAGUCAAAGCGACAGGAUGAGUUGACACGAUUAGGUUAUGUGAGCAUGUCGUGUCAACUUUGUGUAAUAAAGUUGACACUUCACAUUGACAUAACUUAUUCUAAGCAACAGAAUGACUUGACUGGAUUCUUUUGAGUUUGCUAAUCUUCUUUUACAGUACGGGAUUAUGUUUUAGUGUUCUCAGAGUAUUGAGGGGGGAUUUUGACCAGUAUUUAUUGUGACUGAAUAUAUCACCAUGUCUGCUGUUAUUGUAAGUUAUUUUAAUUUUGUCUCAAAGCUAUGAGGGAUUUUACUUUAAAUAAAAUUACCAGUAUGUUUCAUUUGUUUGUUUGUGAAGAGAUUUAUGAUGGGUUUUGCAAUAUAUUCUGUUUCUUUAUUUGUUUAAAUAUGAAAUUAAUAGUUGUGGAGGGAUGGGGAAAACAAUGUUCAUUAACCUCAUUUAAAGAGCAUUAACACACGUCGAACAACAAUGUGAAAUGAUUAUCAAAUGAGAGAAGUACAGUAAGACAUAGUUUACAAUGUUUGUCUGUUAUUUUAGAUGCCAUAAAUGCAGUUGGUUCUUGUCAAAUAAAUAGAGGAAAAUGAAGAAAAAAAAUAUUUGUAAUCCAAUUAUCUACUUUUUGAAACUCAGAGGAUGUGAACCAGUAACAUACUAUAGAAACGAGUCACUUGUGUGUAUCUUUGGAGGCAGUAGAAUUCAUUUUUUAUCUAACCUGUAGAAGCCAGGGGGUAAGCUUUAGUAUGACCUCGACCUUCCUACACACUCGCUGUGUGUGUGACGAUGUGCAGAAAAUAUGGUUGUCCUGCAUGUCCAAUUAAUGUCUUUUAAAGGUGGCCAAUUAUCACAAGACAAUAUUUUAACCAGUUUCAGGAAUGUUAUGAUGACGCGAUUUCAUUACAUCACUGGGAAUGUACUUACCAUGUAUUGCAUAAUAAUGGUUUUCUGUUUCACCUACUUCUGUUGAGUAUAACUGUGUAUCAAAAUAUUGUGAGACUGUUUUAAAGCUGGCACAGUGGUGACUGCACCGUAGAAUGGGGUCUGUGUUCUGAACACCUAUGUUAAUGGCUUUCUAUGAGUAUAAAUGUUGUUUCGUUGUGAAUGAACCCAUGUUUACCCUGUGAGUAUUAGAGUUGACAGAUCUAUACAGACGCAACAUAUAUUUGCAUAAAAAAGACAUCUUAAUCAACUCUGUGUUGUGCAAUAUAUUAAUACAGCCUAAUUCAUCCACUAACUUCACCUGUAGCAACAGAUUAAACUCAUAAGAAGAAAUUCAUUCGAAGCAUUUGUAUUAAAAUGGCAUUUUUUGGAGGUGAAUGUCUUUGCUGAGCUUCAUGGUCUUUUGCAGACACCAGUGUGCCACCACUACGUUUGUUUGGGGUGUUUGUAUGCUACACCUAUGACCUUUUUACGAAGCUUUUAAUCAGUAACAUUUGGGAUGGAAUUUGAUGAAGGGGCUUUUACUGGGCUAAAUCCUAUAAGUUUGGCGUUUCUUAAGCCUUUAUAUUGCUCGACUGAAUUCCCCUGAGACUUUCAAAUAUUAAACUGUAGACAAAAUUUCAAAAGUUGCUUGACCUGUUGUGCUGACCCCCCCUUUUUUUCUAAGCAAAGUGACCAAUCAGAGAGGUUUAUUUUUCCCCUGCUUAUCAAAACAGACGCCAUGUUGCAUCAGCGGUGGGCUUUCCCCUUCUCUGCCAGGGUUAUCAUUAGCAGCCUUUUAAAUCCUCCACUUUCUGAUAAGGGGGUGUUUAAAUAUUCUUUUAAUUAUGACUGGCCUGUGCCCCAGUGUUGGACGGGAGGGCGUCCGAGGCGGAAUUAGAGGAAGCACUAGGGCCCUCUUUGACCUCACCUGAAACGGCGCUAAUCACUUUGACUCAUGUUCAGUGCUUUGAAUGAAGACUAGUCUGAUGUUUCCUUUUUCUUGUUGCUUAAUUACCAAGCAAGGAUCAAACCUGAGUCUAUAUGGGGAACAUGUACUGUAUUGAAUGUGCCUUUAAAGUAUUUGAGAAGUUAAAUACCAUCUUCAGGCCUCAUUUUGAAACUCAUGUUUUUGUAUGUAUGUGUGUGUGUGUGUUACAUUUAAGAUCAUGCUCAUUGUGUUACGUGAAUGUCCUCAAGUGAGUGAUUUUAACACAGACCAAACUUUAAUUAUGCAUGGUAUACAAUUAAGUCAUACUUCAUGAUUUGAUUUGUGUGUUGCUAGUGUUGGACAAGUUCAUCUUGCAUUAAUGAUGGGUUUCUUUUGUAUAGCCAGUCAAACAUUUAUGUUCAUGAACAGAUUCCAAUCCUGUCUCACCAUAGAGGAAAACAGACAGGAUACAGCCCAAAGGCACAAUUGAUCACAGCUGAUGUUGGAGAAAUCAAACGUGACACAAAAAUAUAUAUACAUACAUACAUAUCGUUUCUCUCGUGUCAAUGCAUGUCUGUUUUUUAACUGCGCCUAAGUUCUCCUUAAUUAUCUCCAACUUGUCCAAGCAUCUAACAACUAACCUCAGAGAUUCUAAGCUGAUGUUAAAAUACAGAAACUUUGCACAGUGCCAAGACGUACACAUGUUUGGCCACUCAAUGCUGUAUACCUUCCUCAACAGUCAUUGAAAUUUAAUAAACGAGUAUUUUGAUAUUUAAAAAAAAGAAGAAAACAGAACCAACCCAAAUGCACUAGGGGAAAGACCAUAUCUAUGGUUCAGAAGCGUGAGCUGCAGUCAGUGAUUCAUGCCCACACCCAUCGUCCUCCGCCUGUAGGUUAUUUCUGUUGCGUGCAUCGGGACACACACCCUUUUACUGGUGUGUUGACGAUAAAGGAGAACAUUCGCAUCGCUGCCGCCCAUUCUUCUCCUCAGACGCGCUCGCCAAAACAGACACUCUGCCAACGGUUAAUUUCCUGUUGUCGAGACGUAUAUAUGAUGCAUGCCAUUUGCUAGCUAGGACAAGGUGGGGGUACAUUACCAUGAUUAAAAUCCUUUCAAGCCCAUCUCUCUCUCUCUCCCUCUCCUCUUUCUAUCUAUCUCUCUCUUCUCUCCUUCUCUCUCUCUCUCUUCUCUCCCACUCUUCUCUCUGUCUCUAUUUUCUCUCUCUCCCUCUCUCAAUCUCUCUGUCUCAGUCUCUCACCUUGCCUUGUUCAUUACCAAGGCAUCUCUCACAAAGUCAAAAGGAGAAGAGCACUGAGGUGAGGUCAGGAGCAUUGACUCCUCCGGCCCCACGCCCGCCGCUCGUAAAAGCCUUCCUGUGCCUUUGUAAGUGUUUUUGCGAAGGGUGUUUGGAGGGGGCAGGGGUGGCCGCCUCCACAGCUCUCUCCGUGAUCCAGGAGCACUCUGCGGAGCUCAUGGGAGCUUUAUUUUCAUUUCUUUUUUUCCCCCUCCAACUAUUUAAAUAACACGCGAAAUCUAACUUCACAGUGCGCCGUGACAUUUGUCAUUCUGCAGGGUGCGAAGCUUUGUUCUCUGCCUGCCUACCUAUAUAGCCACCCACUCUCUCUUAACGCUCUAAACGUGUUUAAACAUCAGAAAGCGCCAUGUAGUCAUGUAGAUGUGCAAAACAAACACCAUUGUGUGCACUUGCCGCAAGCGUGGUGUCAAGUCAGCCACAUUGAUCGUUAACUUUAAGAGAAAAUGUCAAAUGAAUGUGUUUUAAUUGUGUAUUUUACCAGGAAGUUUACACCCACGCCCCUCUCCAUACACACACACACACACACACAGACACCAUCACCACCACCAUGGCCCCCACCACCCCCAUCCCCAUCUUCCAUCACACACAUACACAUACUGCCAACCUGAGAACACAGAGCUCUUAAAAGGCUCCCCAUUUAGUGUUAACAUGGCCCUCAGUAUUCCCAGUGAGCUGGAAAAUAAGUUUGCCAAGCAAUGGUGCAGACUGACGCAAUUCCAAAUAUUUAACAGAACAGUUUAAUCCUGUCCUAUGCUUUCCUCUCCUCUCCUCUCCUCUCCUCUCCUCGCUGCAGGCAAAUGUACUGCACAUAGGGCCAGUUUGUUUAUUGUACACGACAACUUCAGCUGUCAGCAUACAAGAUGCACUAAAUCAGAUUCAGUCAGUUGUGAGAGGUCUCAUGCAAGGAGAAAUCGAGGAACGGUCGCGCCACUGGCAGCCAAUUGAGUCUUGUUCUUUGAUAACGUACAAUGAGUCAACUGAGAUCCAUUCCACUUUUAAUGUAUUGACUGUCAUCCGAGCCCCAGAGCUUAACUUAUUGUUGCCGUUCAGUAUUAUCAUGUGUUUAUUUGAGGGGAAAUAAUCAAUAGCCUUCAGACUGACUAAUCCGCAAGCCCGUGUAGUAUUACAAGUUUACAAUGAGCGACAUUUGUUAUUAGUUGAGCCAUGUUUCAUCCUUUCUCGUUGUUGUGGAUCAAUUCAUGUGUGUUUUCUUUUUUCUUUUUGAAAAUGUGUUAAUUUAUUUUUCUCUCAAGACUUCCUUAAGUAAUGUGAAUGGGCAGUAAUGGGAAAACACAAAAAGAUAAUUUGUCAGAUUUCUUUUUCUUUUGGUUAUUUUUCCUUUUUAAUUUAAAUCAUCAUGCUGAAAAAUUCUGUGAUGAGAAAUUUUAAAUGGUUAUCUUUACUCAAAUGUGUAUGGAGGUCCUAGCCACCAGGGAUAUAUAGUUGUAUAUUUAUAGGCUUUAGAUCACUGGAAUGACAUAUAUGGCUUUAAGUGGCAUUGAUAUAUAUUGAUAUUUGUCAAACAAAACAAAAAAAGAAUAAAAGAAAAUUCAUAUAAUUUAAUUACUUUCAAGCUUACAUUGUGUAUAGCACGUAUGCAAGUUCACUUUCAUCAUGUUUGAUGUCAUUUUGUAGCAGUGGUUUGAUACUAAUAAAUGGACGUUGAUGAUGGACCGUU